UGUAACCCCCACACUCGGUUAAGCAGUGAAUUCAGGUUCUUUCCUAGCAACUAAGUAGCGUUAUGGCAUCAUGGAUACCCACUGUCGCUGCAGUCGGAAUGGCCAUUGGACCCCCAUUAGUUUAUGUCGACCAAGCCGUGUCUAUCAUUCGUAAAAAGGACUCAACGGGUUUCUCUCGUGAUGUCUGCGCCAUUUUACUAAUCGCAAACAUAACCCGAUGUUUUUUCUGGUUGGGCGAUCACUUUGAGCUUGCCCUGCUCAUGCAGUCCAUUUUAAUGAUAAUAGCGCAGCUGGCCUUGCUCUACAUUUGCGUUCGAUACCGCCCACGCGUGAGCCCUGAAAACUUCGGGGCGUCGUCCCGCCCCCUUUCAUUUUGGCAGUGGCAUACAUAUACUCAAUAUAUCGAGUUUCUUGCCGGGUACAUUUUAUGUUCAGCGAUAUUGUUCUUGAUCUUUAGUCGAUCGGAGCUAUACGUGAUGAUAUUAGGGUUUGUUGCCUUGGGACUGGAAAGCACGCUGCCUAUUCCGCAGUUGAUCAGGUAAUCGACACCAGACGUCCACACGUUUGACUGACAUUCCCUCGUGCAGUAAUUACAAACAGCGAUCACUGUAUGGCUUCCGUGCUUCAACUCUCCUUGGAUGGGUGGGGGGUGACUCGUUCAAGACUGUGUAUUUUUUCCUUCAGGGCUCACCCCUGCAGUUCAAGGUAUGUGCAGUGUUCCAAUUGUCAGUAGACUGUGCCAUCAUCCUACAACGUCUUUACUAUGGCAAUGCAGCUCCACCGGCAACGCUCGAAGAGGGGGACGAUCUUGAGCAGGAAGCUUUGGCACUGUCAGAAGAAUAGAGUAGAGUGUUGGUACCGGUGGAAUAUAUGAUUUUAUGUAUUUACACCUUCCUAUUUGUCGGUUUUCCCGCA